GUCACUUCCGGCGCGACGCGAGAAAGAGACCCCUCGAGAAGGAAGGCGCCAUGCUCUCCGUCCCGGGCACCGGGGCCGGCUUGUCUUCGGGCUUCGGCCCCGGCGAGUCGUCUUCGGGUGCCGGCGCCGGCGGCGAUUUCCUGACGCGCUACCGGCUGGUGUCGUCCAAGCUCCGCAAGCGCUUCCUGCGCAAGCCCAACGUGUCGGAGGCGUCGGAGCAGUUCGCGGCGCUGGCGCGGGAGCUGCGCGCCCAGGAGAGCCUCCCGUACGCGGCCUGGUGCCAGCUGGCGGUGGCGCGCUGCGCCCAGAGCCUGGGCCACCCGGCGGGAGAAGCAGCAGCGCUAGCCGAGGCGGCGCGCCUCUGGCUGCGCCACGAGCGGGAGCUCCGCCUGCGGCAAGGCCCCGGCUUGGGCCUCUCCGAGUACCUGCCGGCCGCCCACGGCUGCGUGGCCUUCGCCGCUCGUCUCCACGUCGACUUGGGGCAGCCGGCGCUGGCGGCCGGGCUGUGGCUGGAGCUGGGCAACGAGCUGCGCUCCGCCGGAGAGGCGAGCCAAGCCGUGCCGGCUUUCCUGCGUGCUGCCGACCUGCUGGCCGCGGGCCAUCUGCCCUUGGAGGCGCUGCACGGGCUGCGAGACGUUGCCUCCUGCCUGCUGCUCGGCCGCGACUACGACGGCGCCCUGGCGGUGCUGACGCAGGCCCAGCAGCUGGCCCAAGGGGGCGGCUGCGGACCCUCAACCAACGCCCCUGCCUCCUCUUCCUCCUCCAGCGGUGCCCCGUCGCUGCCCGGCGCCUUCCUUGACCACCUGCUCCACUGCGAGGUCACCCGAGUGCUGCUCUUGCUCCUGCUGCAGCCUCCGCCAUCCAAGCUGCUGCCGGAACACGCCCAGACCUUGGAGAAGUACUCUUGGGAAGCCCUGGAUGCCUCCUCGGGCUAUGUUCCUCCUGAGCUUUUCUUGCUGCUCCAGUCCACCGUCAUGGCCUGCCAGGAGAAAGACUUGGAAUCUCUGAAGGUUCUGCAGAAGGAACUGUGGCCGCUGCUGACGGCGGAGCAGAACAACCUGUUGCACUUGGUGGUGCAGGAGAUGAUGGCGCCCUCCGGCCAGGGGUUCUGACUGGGGGAGGGGUGUGCCCCUGGUGUUACAUUUCCAAUGCUCUCCGUCUGUGGAUAGGUCUGGGUGGAAGAGUCGAAAGAACUUGAACAAACCUUCCCGCAGUAGUCAGUGGGAAGAGGGUGAAACUUUCAAUUUUUGUUCCUCUGUCCAAGGGAUCUUCAAACUUGACAGCUUUAAGACUUGUGGACUCCCAACUCCCAGGAUUCCUCCUCCAGUCAUGUUAGAUCAGGGAUUCUGGGAGUUGAAGUCCACAAGUCUUAAACUUGCCAGGUUUGAAGACCCUUGCUCUGUCACUAAGCUUCCCACAGGAUGAAGUGAGGAUACCUAUGAGCCCCCAAUACAUUGGAUGAUAUCUCCUUCCAUUUUUAAACCUAUUUUUUGCCUGUGCCACAGGGAGUUUUUUUCCGACAUUCCUGGUUCUUUCUACCUUGUCAUUCCUUGAACUUAAAUUAUGAGCUUGAGAGAACUGCGCAUAUACUGUUGGCCCGUAUUCUAUUUUGUGGCUCCUUAGAAAUUCAUUCUUCAUCCCGCAGGCCACAAGUGAAAUGAGCUUUGCAAUGUUGGCUGAAAACUGAUCGGAGCAGUUCUCUUGUUUUCAUUGAGGUGACAGAAAGCUUUAGAAGCCAUUUUUUCAUCAGUGUUGCCAAGUGUAUUGUGUUCUUCUCAGUGCUGUUGCUUCUGAUGGAGGCUAUAUUAAAAUCGACAUGGAUGAUGUGAACAACAAUUUGGGAGAGUUGAGGGAAUUUCACAAUAUUUCUGUAUUUGAACCCAAAUGGGAUUUCUAAAUUGUGUUCUCAGGAUUCUGUAUUGGAUUAAUUUCUGCCUUGAAAUAAUCUGAAUGUUUACCUUGCCUGAGUCUUAGCUGGUUGUGUAAUUUGAUUUGGAUCUGACAUGAGUUCUUUGAAAAUAAACUGGUUUCUCAAUUGGGA